UGACACACAAUAGUCAGGAUUUUACCAUAGCAUCUUUGUAAAUAUGCACGAACACGGUGAUUAUUACAAUUCGUAUUUUCAACACACUUGCGUCAUCAUCCCUGAGAAGGAUGUACUGGAGGUGGACAUUGUAGGGACCGGCUGUGUGGCCCGCCUCCAGCGCUGGUGGCACGACCUGUUCCUCCUUUCUUACACUUCAGGAAAAUGUAGAGGAUUCUAUGCCAGCUCCCACGCUAUCAGAGUGGAAAGAUUCAGACAGUACCGCAAAUACAGGAAUCGUAUCCAUCCAAUGAGCAAGUUCAGAAGCUUCUGGGACUUUCUGAUGUUGCAAGUGUUUAUCGUGAACAAGCUACUGUUCAGAUUCCUGUCCUCGUUUAUAUUCGACAGCAUGUCGAUAUACUCCUAUUACCUGGGAGCUUUUCUAGAUGGAAUUAUCAUAAUAGACAUAUUCGUAAGCCUGAGGACUGGGUACAUUAACCACGAAGCUAAGCGCGUCGUCUUAGACACAUACGACUCAUUCCUUCACUUCUGCACCCACAAGAUGUUCUUGCACUUCGCAUCAGCCAUACCCCUGCAUUGGUUCAUGUUUCUCAAAUACGGAACUAAUAUCAGAUGUGGCUUAUGUAAAGCUAACAAGUUCAUGUGUGCUCUGAAGAUCAUUAGUGUAUUCAGUCUCUACCGGGUGUACGAAACAUCAGCUUUCUGGACAGAAAAACUUCAUACUGCGAGCAAAAUUCAAUAUAAAUACCUCUUCAAGUUCAUGAGGAUCGGAGUGAUUGGUAUGAUGACCAUGUGCCAGUAUUAUGAUAUAAGUGAUGUCGCCGUUCUCCUCGUAGCUUUCUACACGGGCAAUGUAGAGGAGACCUCGUUUUUGGGGAUCAGAACCAGCUUCAAGUAUGGUAUCGUUACGAAUAAACUGUCUACUAACUACUUCUACGUUUGCUAUGAGAUUAAUAGGAUUUUCAAGUCGUUGCAGUUAUUUAGUGUCGGCAUCAGAGAGAAAGUAUACUAUUUGGAUAAAAUAAUUGCAUUGCUGGCUUACGCUCUCGCAUUGUUAUUUUAUUAUUGGAGUUUCAAGGAAUGUUACUCCUUGUUUAAUACUCUAGUUCACCCGAAAGACUUACACAUGAAAAUACGGUCUGGCGCCCUGACGAUGAUGUCAAAUGGCCAAAUAUCUAAUGAACUAAGUUCCAGAUUAGGUCAGUACUUUAAGUAUGGACCGACAAGACCGUACAUAAUUGAAAAGACAAACAAGCUGUAUUUGAAAAUGCCAAAUAUUCUGAAGAAUGAGAUUAAGUUAAACUCCUACAUGAAGUAUAUGAUGAAGAUUCCUUAUUUCAGUCAAGUGCCACUGCCUCUGUUAGAGGAGAUAGUAUUGCUAUUGAAGAAAGAAAUAUAUAUGAGUAACGCCAUCGUAACACAAGCGUGGAUCCCAGCCGAGGGGAUGAUGAUUGUGGAAAGUGGGGAGCUGGCGGUGUACUCCCUCGAGGAGAAAGAAGAGGGGCAUCUCAUCGAUGGAGACUACUUCGCAGCACUGUCGCUGGUCACCAUCAACGAACGCUGCAUGUCUUUCGUGGUCUCUAUCAGUGCCUGCUCAAUACUGAUUCUUGAGAAAAUAGCUUUUCGGCAGCUGAUGAGGAAGCAUGUGAAGUAUUUUCAGCAUAUAAAAACUCAGAUUGUGGACCAGUAUGUAACAAUAACAGAAAACUUCAACAGAAGCGAUCGAUAUGAGAGGUCAGCCCUGGGGCAGCAGCCUCUAGUCGAAUAUGAACUUCCCUACUCAGGAUCAGGAUAGGCUGCACUGUUGUAUCUGGUCUAUUUAUUUUUAAGACUACGUUUGGUACAAAGGUUCGUACGUUCGUCAAUGUACCUCUCUAUGUUUUGAAAGUAAGAAAGAACAUGUUGUUUAAGUUAAUUUAAAAAUGUAUUUUAUGAUUAGUUUUAAGUUUACUAACAUUAAUAUUUACUGUCGUACACAGUCAUUUAAUGGUUACUUAACCCAUUCCUUAGAAAUUGAUUUCGAAACAAUAUCGAUACUAAGGAAUAGUUUGAGUAAUCAUCAUGUCUCUUGAGUACGGUAGUUAGAAAGCUACUGAAGAAAACUAAGUUGCAAUUAGUUUGCAAAGCUGUGUUGGUUUGUUUUUCGUAAAUAAAAAUAUACAUACAUUA